AUGGAGUCUGAAGACGAGUUUCUUAGUGACGUGACGAGCCAGGAGGAUGAUGAUUUUGAUGAAGGCACACAAGACAGCGACAAUGGUAGCCUGCUAGGGCAAGACUUCGAUGACGAUCAUGAACCUGGCUUCACAUACGACAAGGAAGCGAUGAAGCCCACCCGCAGACCUUACGAAGUUGAAUUUAGAGUUCUUAGCCCCACCGAUAUCCACUCUAGUCAGCACAAGCAGAUCGACGAGGUGUGUCAAAUUCUGGGGCUUCCUCCAGAGUCAGUCGCUAUUUUGUUACGGUAUAUGCGUUGGAACAAGGAGAAACUCAUUGAGAUAUACAUGGACAAAGCGGAUGAACUUCUGCACGAGGCCGGACUUGGACCCCAGUUCGCCAUGACUCCCAAGACAGAAAGGGUCAAGGGUUUCACCUGUGAGAUCUGUUAUGAAGAUGGACGAAGGUUGGAGACUUAUGCUAUGAUUUGUGGUCAUCGUUACUGCGUGGACUGUUAUAGCUGCUAUUUAGUGCAAAAGGUCAAAGAGGAGGGAGAAGCUGCCAGGAUACAGUGUCCAAGAGAUGGCUGUCAUCGGGUAGUAGACUCGAAGACAAUAAAGCUACUUGUGAAUGAUGAGGUCAAGAACCGAUACGAAGUGCUCCUGACCCGUACCUACGUCGAUGAUAAGGAUAGUUUGAAAUGGUGUCCAGCACCCGAGUGUAUAUAUGCUAUUGAAUGUGGGAUAAAGAAGAGAGAGCUAUCGACAGUUGUGCCCACUGUUCAUUGUGCCUGCAAGCAUAGCUUCUGCUUUGGGUGCACCCUUCCAGAUCACCAGCCACCGCCAUGUUCCCUGGUCAAGAAGUGGUUGAAGAAAUGCGAAGACGACUCCGAAACAUCGAACUGGAUCUCAGCCAAUACCAAAGAAUGCCCAAAGUGCAACUCAACCAUAGAGAAGAACGGCGGCUGUAACCACAUGACAUGCAGGAAAUGCAAACAUGAGUUUUGCUGGAUGUGUAUGGGCCUCUGGUCGGAACAUGGCACGAGCUGGUACAACUGCAACCGCUACGAAGAGAAGUCAGGAGCGGAUGCCCGGGAUGCACAAGCCAAAUCAAGACAUUCACUAGAGAGAUACCUACACUAUUACAACCGGUAUGCAAACCACGAGCAAUCUGCCAAGCUGGACAAAGACCUCUUUUUGAAAACGGAAAAGAAGAUGACGAGCCUGCAAUCACAAUCUGGCAUGUCGUGGAUAGAGGUGCAAUUCCUGGAGACCGCUUCUCAAGCACUGCAACAAUGCCGGCAGACCUUGAAGUGGACAUAUGCCUUCGCCUUUUAUCUUGCCAGGAACAACCUGACUGCCAUCUUCGAAGACAAUCAGAAGGACCUGGAAUUGGCGGUGGAGAACCUCAGUCAGAUGUUCGAGAAGCCUAUCCCAGAGCUUGCCGAUCUGAAGGUCGAUAUCCUGGACAAGACGGCCUAUUGCACCAAAAGACGCGUGAUUUUGCUGAGUGAUACUGCGGAAAACCUGAAGAAUGGUGAGUUCUUCCAUAGCCUCGCCAAACCCUCUAACAAUAUCACAGGAGUAUGGUCUUUCAACGUCAAGGUAUGA